AGCCGGUAGUCCAGGACAGCGAGAUGGGCAGCGCGUCUUCGGCGUAUCGGAUGAUAUACCUGGACGUGGAUGGAAGGAUUCAGAAGGUUGUUUUCAGCCGUUUCUGUAGACCAUGUGAUAUUAAGGAGCUAUUCUGCACCGCCACAGGGCUCUCCAGGAACACAGCCAUUUCUCUUCUGGACUCAACAGGAGCUAUGGUCUCCAUCGACCCCACAAUGCCAAACAACUCAGAGAGGUCGCCAUACAGAGUGGUGCUCAGAACGGGUGGACAACUUGCAGAUAAAGAAGAGCUCUUCCAGAAUGUGUUGACCCAGGUGGCGGAGCAGUUCUCCAGGGCAUUUAAAAUCAACGAACUGAAGACUGAAGUGACAAAUCGCUUGGCCAUGCUGGAGAAGAGAGUGGAGUUGGAGGGUAUGAAGGUUGUGGAGAUAGAGAAAUGUUGCAGUGACAUAAAGAAGCUGCGAGAGGAGAUGGCCUCCAGGAACAACAGUAGUUUCCUAGAUGACAACAAGAAGUUAACUCCUCGCAGAGAUGUGCCUUCAUACCCAAAGUACAUGCUCUCCCAGCAAACCAUAGAUGCCCUCAGAAAACCCACCUUCGACGCCUGGCUGUGGGAAUCCAACGAGAUGCUGAGUUGUCUGGAGCACAUGUACCAUGACCUGGGGCUGGUAAAGGACUUUAAUAUCAACCCCAUUACGCUGAAAAGAUGGCUGCUCUGCAUUCAUGACAAUUACAGGACCAAUCCUUUUCAUAAUUUCCGCCACUGCUUUUGCGUCACACAGAUGAUGUAUAGCAUGAUCUACCUCUGCAACCUACAGGAAAAGUUAACACGAGUAGAUAUUCUUAUUUUGAUGACUGCAGCUGUGUGUCAUGACCUGGAUCAUCCUGGGUACAACAAUACGUAUCAGAUUAAUGCACGCACAGAGCUGGCUGUGAGAUACAAUGACAUCUCUCCUCUGGAGAACCACCACUGCGCUGUGGCCUUCCAAAUAUUCUCUCAGCCAGACUGCAACAUCUUUGCCAACUUUGAUCCUGAAGCCUUUAUACAGAUCCGUCAGGGCACUAUUACUCUGAUCCUGGCCACAGAUAUGGCUCGACAUGGAGAGAUUUUGGACUCUUUCAAACUGAAAGUGGAUAACUUUGACUUCGCUAAUGAGGAGCAUGUUACUUGUCUAAAGAUGGUGCUGAUUAAAUGCUGUGACAUCUCUAAUGAGGUUCGACCAAUGGAGGUUGCUGAGCCCUGGGUGGAUUGCUUGCUGGAGGAGUACUUCAUGCAGAGUGAUCGAGAGAAGGCAGAAGGUUUACCUGUCGCUCCUUUCAUGGACAGAGAAAAAGUGACCAAGCCCACAGCUCAGAUUGGCUUCAUCAAGUUUGUCCUCAUUCCCAUGUUUGAGACAGUUACGAAGUUGUUUCCUCAGAUUGAGGAGGUAAUGGUACAGCCACUUAGAGAAUCCUGUGACAGAUAUGAGGAGCUUAAGCAGAUAGAUGAUGCCAUGAACGAGGUGCAGAAAAAGAAAAGUGAAAAUUUAACAAUGGGAAGAAAAAAGAAAUGAAGAAGCUCGAGUCCUCAUAAGAGACAGUGAAUGAGUUGGAAAUGUGUGAAGUUUUGGCCAUCUUCUGAGAAAAUCCAAAGCAUCUUUCAGGGAAAUGAACCUUGUUCAGCUCGGCUUUCAACGCAACUGAGUCCAUUCUAUAGAUUGUUUAUUU